UUCCUAACUGGCUGCACUUUGCGGAGGGCAGAUAUGAACUCAUUCGGACCGUGUGACCCUUGUGAGGGUUAAAGUGUCUAUUUUCUUCUCUCUUUUUUCGUUUUUUUUUUUUAGUCUUUUCGGAGCGUCAAAAUGAUGCGCUUCCUGCUGCUUUUCAGUCGCCAAGGGCGUCUGCGUCUACAGAAAUGGUUCACAGCUAUGUCAGAACGUGAGAGGAAGAAGAUUAUAAGGGAGAUGACCACCAUGGUCCUGGCGAGGCCAGCACGUACCUGCAACUUCCUUCAGUGGAAAGACCUGAAGAUUGUUUACAAGAGGUAUGCAAGCUUGUAUUUCUGUCUGGGCGUAGAUGACGGAGAGAAUGAGCUGUUGGCCCUGGAGGUUAUUCACCGCUAUGUUGAGCUGCUGGACAAAUACUUUGGCAAUGUGUGCGAGUUGGACAUUAUCUUUAACUUUGAGAAAGCCUAUUUUAUCCUGGAUGAGUUUUUAAUGGGGGGAGAGAUACAGGAAACGUCUAAACAGAUUGUGAACCGCGCCAUUGAAUCCUCAGACAUGUUACAAGAGGAUGACCACAGUGAGUGGUAUGAGGUGGAGCUGUUUGGAUGACCUUGAAUAUGGACAGACAGACUAUGGAGGAAUACAUGAGCAAACCUGCAUUUUAACUCAAGGAAAAGGAAGAUAUUAACAUGGUGGAGGACUCCACAGACUGCAUGUACUGUAAAUGGGUCAUGAAGUUUCUAGAAAUUAGUUUGCUUUAAUUUUUCUUCUUCUAAAUUUUACUUUUUAAUGGUCAAGAGUGUGUCUGUUAUUUAUAUUGAAAUUAAUUGAUAUUGCAUUAGAGGAUGAUGGGGUUUGGUUCUAUUUCCUUUUUCUUUUUAUAAUCGAUUGUUUUUCAUUGGUACUAAAAUGACUUGUUAUACCUACUGUAAGACAGUUACCAUCUAAAGAAACUGUUAUUAAAAACUUGAUACUCAUAUCUUCAAAUUACACAUUAUUUUUUCUCACCUGUUAAAUACCUAGUUAUCACAUAUUUCUUGCUAUUUUUAAUCUAUAAUCCUUACAAUGUUUAAGAUUAUUGGCUGGUGUGUUGAUCAGCUGUUUUUGUCCGUUUUUACA